CCACUGGUAUGAUCAUGGGGCGUGUAUUUGAUGUCUCCUUUAAAUUUUGGCAAACCACGUUUUGAGGUUGGCUAAGGUUGAGGUUAAAAAAUAAAAUUAAAAAUUAUUUUAUUUUAUUUAAUGUAUUAAAAUUUUGCAUGCACACAGAAGCUAGAAAAAACAAAGAGGAGGAAGAAUAGAAACAAGAAUACACUCAUGAGGAAUACACAAUACCAAAUAGGAUUUCUCUGAAAUUAAAUUCAUUAAAUCAAAUUCAAUCAGCAUUUUUGUGUUCUAUGUUUUGUGGUUAUUAUGCCUGUCCCAGCCGUAGUUGCUAUUGUUCCUGUGGGAAUAUUAUUCUUCACCACCGGUCUCAUCGUUAAUCUCAUUCAGACAAUAUGUUAUUGCCUUGUACGACCAAUAUCCAAGAGUUUGUACAGAAGAAUCAGUAGGGUAGCACUAGAAUUGUUGUGGCUAGAACUUGUAUGGCUAUUUGAUUGGUGGGCAGGAGUUAAGCUCCAAAUAUUCACAGAUCAAGAAAUCAUAAACAAGAUGGGUAAAGAGCAUGCACUUGUCAUAUGCAAUCACAGAAGUGAUAUUGAUUGGCUUGUUGGAUGGAUAUUAGCUCAGCGAUCUGGAUGCCUUGGCAGUGCCCUUGCUGUGAUGAAGAAGUCAUCAAAGUUUCUUCCGGUGAUUGGUUGGUCAAUGUGGUUUGCUGAAUAUCUUUUUCUAGAGAGAAGUUGGGCCAAAGAUGAAAACACAUUGAAGUCAGGCAUACAACGACUUCAGGAUUACCCUCUUCCCUUUUGGUUGGCUCUCUUUGUAGAAGGAACAAGAUUUACACAGGCCAAACUUUUAGCUGCUCAGGAAUAUGCAACCACAACUGGAUUGCCUGUUCCUAGAAACGUUUUGAUUCCAAGAACUAAGGGAUUUGUUUCAGCAGUGAGCAAUAUGCGUUCUUUUGUUCCUGCCAUUUAUGAUGUAACUCUAGCUAUUCCUAAGAAUUCACCUCCUCCGACAUUGCUAAGAAUCUUCAAGGGAGAACCUUCAGUGGUGCAUGUUCAUAUUAAACGACAUUUGAUGAAUGAAUUACCCAAGGAUGAUGAAGGUGUUGCUCAAUGGUGUCGAGAUGUAUUUGUGGCUAAGGAUGCAUUGUUAGACAAACAUAAAUAUGAAGAUAAAUUUAGUGACAAAGAAUCUCAUGAUGCUGGUAAACCGAUCAAGUCUCUAUUGGUUGUUAUAUCAUGGUAUAUUUUGCUUUUUGUGGGAUUUGUGAAGUUCGUUCUCUUUUUUCCACUACUAAUGUCAUGGAAAGGUCUCACAAUUUCAAUGGCUGCUUUGGGAGUUGUUACUAUCCUAAUGCAAAUUUUGAUUCGGUUCUCACAAUCUGAGCAUUCAACACCAGCAAAAGUUGUCCCUAUAAAAACAAAUAGAGGAGAACAGUUACAAGCAGAGACUAGGGGUCUUCUUAGUUGAUGCAACCACAAAGCAUUUCAAUGCCUUGACAACUAGGUUGGAGAAGACAGCAAAAGAAUUUGAUUUCAAUAACCGAUUGCUGGAACAGAUGAGGAAAAAGUUGAAUUUUGAAAUUUCAAUUUCUCAAUUAGAGUGAGAAGAAACAAAUGCAGGAGAGGAUGAUGAUGGUAAACAAUCGUCUGAAGAGUGAUUGUAUUUAUUGUAGCAUAAUACUAGUUAGUAAUUAAGACAUUUAAAUGAUGUGAAUAGUUAUAUAAAUAUUACUUUUGCUUACUAUAUAUGUAGACAUUGUGAAUGUUUUAGAAUUUAUGUGAAUUAAUUAAUC